AUGGCAGCAGCCAGCAGUCCCUUCUCUGAAGAUCAGUUUCUGUGCUCCAUCUGUCUGGAUGUGUUCUCUGAUCCAGUCACCAUACCGUGUGGACACAACUUCUGCAAGGCCUGCAUCACAGAACACUGGGCCAUUCACGCUCACAGUCAGUGUCCCAUGUGCAAGGAGCUCUUUGACAGAAGACCGGCACUGCAGGUCAACACGUUUAUAUCCGAGAUAGCCACUCAGUUCAGCCAGUCAGUCCAAAAGAAAGCCAGCAGCAGCAGCAGCAGUUCAGAUGGGCAAGAUGCCAAACCAGGAGAGGUUCUCUGUGACAUCUGCACUGGAACCAAAGCCACAGCCCUGAAGUCCUGCCUGAUGUGUUUGGCCUCCUACUGCGAGACUCACCUGGAGCCUCAUCAGAGGUUCUGCACCGAGUCAAGUCACAAGCUUCAUCACGUUGUCCCUCUGGAUAAAGAAUACGGAGAAAAGAAAGCCGAGCUGGGAGCGACGGAGGCGGCGAUUCAGCAGAUGAUCCAGGAGAGGCAACUGAAGAUUGCGCAGAUUAAACAGGCAGUGGAGCUCAACAAGGAGGGUGCAGACAAGGAGACGGAGGGUGUGCUGGUCUUCACUGCUAUGAUGCAGUCUGUUGAGAGGGGUCUGGCUGAGCUCAUUGAGACGAUUGACAAGAAGCACAAAACGACGGCUGAAGGCUUCAUCAAAGAGCUGGAGGAGGAAAUCUCUGAGCUGAUGGUGAGACGCUCAGAGCUGGAGCAGCUCUCACGCACGGACGACCACCUCCACCUCCUCCAAAGCUUCUCGUCCUUGAGCCCCGUGCCGCACAGCAAGGACUGGACAACGGUCAAAGUUCAAUCGUCCUAUCUCGGGACCGCGAGGAGAGCUGUGGCUCAGCUGCAUGAGACACUCAGUAGAGAGAUGAUGAAACUGUGUGCCGACGUUGAGCUGAAGAGGGCCCAGCAGUUCGCGCUGGAUGUGACUCUGGAUCUUGAAACAGCACAUCAGGAUCUCAUCCUGUCUGAUGAUGGGAAGCAAGUCAGUCAAGGUGAUAAACAGCAGUAUCAAGGUUUUUAUUGCACAAGGUGUGUCUCUUCAGGAAGAUUUUACUAUGAAGUCCAGGUGAAAGGGAAGACUGACUGGAUUGUAGGAGUGGUCAGAAGGUCAGUCCACACUGGGAGCUUCUUCAUCACAGCGUCCCCUGAGAAUGGCUACUGGACUGUACACUUGAUGGAUGGAAAUCAGUAUGCUCGUACUGACCCUGCAACCGAUCUCGUUCUGAAGUCAACGCCUCAGAAGGUGGGGGUGUUUGUGGAUCAUGAGGAGGGUCUGGUCUCCUUUUAUGACGUAGACACUGCAGCUCUCAUCUACUCCUUUACUGGCUGUAACUUCACUGAGAAACUCUGCCCAUAUCUCAAUCCCAAGCAUAGCAAUGAAGCUAACCCCCCCCCCCCCCUAAUUAUUUGUUCCAUCAAUCCCGCCGAUUAG